GCCGAAAUGGACCAAUUCCAACAUUUAUAAAUGAAAUGAAAUGGGCAUCACCUUCUUUGCCAUUCACCAACCUCAUCAAAUUUAUUAAUACUAUAAUUAAAUAAGAAUUAAGACCAGCGAAAGAAACACAGCUUCCAGCGGUUUUUUCAAUAUUCAUUUCUGAUUUCUCUCUGUUUUUCCCUUCUCCACCUGAACAUCUGUUGAGAGAGAGAGAGAGAGAGAGAGGAGAGGGAGGCAGGCAGUGAUCUCCAGGGGGGAAUGCUGGAAAGGAUCAUUCUGUGUAAAUUGGGAAAAAUGUGGAAGGACGUAGGAACUCCAGCCGAUUCUUACUAUCAAGUGCGACCUGACUGCACUGAUGUACCCGAAAGCAAGUUUAGAAUCAAGGCUGGCAGAACUUUAAGUGCACGGAAAUGGCAUGCUGCUUUCUCUCCUGAAGGUUAUCUAGAUAUUGGAAAAAUUCUCAAUCGAGUCCAGCGUGGGGGUGUUCACCCAUCAAUUAGAGGUGAAGUUUGGGAAUUCUUAUUGGGAUGUUAUGAUCCUAGCAGCACUUUUGAGGAAAGAGAGCAAAUACGACAGCGUCGAAGAGUGAAAUAUGCAUUGCUGAAAGAGGAGUGCCGUCAAAUGUUUCCCUUGGUUGGGAUGGGGAAAUUUGUAACUGCGCCAAUUAUUACCGAAGAUGGUGAACCUAUACGGGAACCCAUUGUACUCCAACAAAUUGAUCUUGAAGAUGAACCUGCAUCUCUUUCAACAGGGAAUGAUGCUUCUAGUUCUGAAGUGCCGAAACUCUCAAAUGGAUGUGGUCCCAUGGACAAGAAAGAAAUCCAGUGGAAACUUACAUUACAUCAAAUAGGUCUUGAUGUAGUCCGCACUGACCGAACACUAGUGUUUUAUGAGAAGCAAAAGAAUUUGUCAAAACUUUGGGAUAUCCUGGCUGUCUAUUCCUGGUUUGACCCAGAUAUUGGGUACUGCCAAGGUAUGAGUGAUCUUUGCUCGCCAAUGAUUAUUCUUCUUGAGGAUGAGGCGGAUGCAUUUUGGUGCUUUGAACGCUUAAUGCGGAGACUGCGAGGAAAUUUCAGAUGCAUUGGGAACUCUAUAGGAGUGGAGGCACAACUUGGUAAUCUAGCUUCCAUAACACAAGUUAUUGACCCUAAGCUUCAUCACCACCUAGAAACCCUGGGUGGCGCAGAUUAUUUGUUUGCCUUCCGAAUGCUCAUGGUUUUGUUUCGCCGAGAAUUUUCAUUUGGUGAUUCAUUAUAUCUUUGGGAGAUGAUGUGGGCCCUAGAGUAUGACCCUGAUUUAGUGUCCACGUAUGAGGACGAUGAACUAACCCAGGAAAAUUCAGAGAGAUCUAAAGGGAAGGCCAAGUCAAGACGGCAAUGUGGAAAAUUUGAAAGAGAAAACCUGAGGAAUAGAGGCAAAAAUGCUGCUGCACCUCUUCCUAUUUCCGUUUUUCUAGUGGCCGGUGUCCUUAAGCAUAAGAGUUCUAAGUUAACAGAAGCUCGGGGCUUAGAUGAUGUUAUUAAGAUACUUAAUGACGUUACUGGUAGCCUGGAUGCCAAAAAAGCUUGCACGAGUGCUAUGAAACUUCACAAGAAAUAUCUGAAAAAGGCAAAACAUGAGAUUAGCCAGUGAAAAUUGAAAUCUUACGAGGUACGAGAAGCUCGGAUUUUCUGAAAUGUGAGAAGAACUUGGGUAUACUCAUUGUAUCCUCAGGGAGCAAAGAUGGCUUAGUACUGCUGUUGUGUGUGACACUAUUAAUUCUUUUGCAACUGGUAGGCGAUAUUCUUAUAUAGGUGUCAGUUGCUGGUCUGUAACUUAAUAUGUUUAAUCAAAUGAUAGUUAAGAUAUAGAAAGCGCUAAUUGUUUGUAAAAGAAAAUAAUUGACAUCAAUGAAAGAGCAUCAAAUUUUGAGCAUAACAA